GCGGCGGCCGACAUGUUCCAGGGCGCGGACAGCCAAGCUGGCAAGUCGGGUUCCAGGUCCAUGAAGCCCCCGGGAGGAGAAUCGAGCGAUCUUUUCGGAAGUCCAGAAGAAGGUAUUUCUUCAAGCAAGCCUAAUAGGAUGGCAUCUAAUAUUUUCGGACCAACUGAAGAACCUAAAAACAUACCCAAGAGGACAAAUCCUCCAGGAGGCAAAGGAAGUGGGAUCUUUGAUGAAUCGACUCCUGUGCAAACUCGACAACGUUUGAAUCCACCAGGGGGGAAGACCAGUGACAUAUUUGGGUCCCCAGUCACUGCCACUGCGCCUCUGGCACACCCAAACAAGCCCAAGGAUCAUGUUUUGCUGUGUGAAGGUGAAGACUCUAAGUCUGACCUGAAAGCUGCAACAGACUCCACACCCAGAGGAGAGCAGAGUGACAAAGGAAGCUCAAAAGAAGUAGAGCAUGCAAAGAUACCGGAGCCCACACCUACAGUUGACAGUCAUGAACCCAGACUGGGGCCACGACCUCGCUCCCACAACAAAGUCCUGAACCCACCAGGAGGCAAAUCCAGCCUCUCCUUCUAUUGAGAAGCUCCUGCUCUGCCUGUAACUAGACCAGACAGAGAUAGAGUAUUGAAUGUUAGUGUUUCCUUUAACUCAAAUGAGCUGGGGUGGGAGAGGGUUUGUCAUGCGUGUGGGGUUGACUGCUCAUAAGCCUUGUUGUCAUGGGCAGAGCUGCACAGAGGACUGCCAAGACAUACAUUGUGGGGUAAACUGGGAUGCUCUGGUCCCUCCUCUCUAACUGCUCUCUAUGAAACACAUCUGUAAAGUUCUGGGGAAGGCAGAAGAGCUGGGCCAUUAACAGAAGGGUUCCAGGGUCUUUCUUGUCCUUGUGUUAGCAGGCUGCUGGCUGUUGGGCAUCUAAGUAUGGUUUGGUUGAAAAAAACCCCACACUACUCUCACUGUGGGCUGGAGGAGACACACACAAACAGAAACUCUUAAAGACAAAGUGGAGUCUGCACUAACUAAGCCUUUCAGGAAAUGCCUAUCACUAAAUGCUUCCCCCUCUGAGAUACCUCAGAACCCUAAUGUCUCCUCUCCUUCUCCCAUUAUGUCACUCUGUAGUAUUGAAACAUGACUGCUCUUUUUGGUAGCAGUCAACAGAAAGUCAGGCCGUUAUUCUCAGUCCUGUCCUGGGUGGAAGGGUUUUUUAUACACCAAUCUUCUGAGUUGUCCCAUACUGCACCUAAAAUCAUGGCCAGGUCUGUGGUAGCAGCCUGUCUUCCUCUACAGCUGGCUUAGUUCCUGAUGUGCCAGAUUUGCAUGUGGGUUGUUCCUUUUGUUUGUCUCAUCAGCCUUAAGCAUAGGCCUUAGUUCUGCACCUGUGAGGGGUUCUCCCUGUUCAUGGUUCUUCCUGUACAGAAGGUCUCUGGCCUCUGCAGGGCCAUAUAUGUCCAGGUAUUGGGUGGAUUCCUGUUCUCCUGUCUUGCUUUGCUCCUAUAAUUGGGAGGAAAGCCUGCUGAAGGAUGUUGGGUUCGUUGGCUGCUUUACCAAUGUAUGGAAAGGUGUUUUUAGUGUCAGCUUCUUAUAAAUACCUGUGCAUUGCUUCAACGCUUAGAAAAGUGCUACUCUCUACACCAAAGCACAAGAGCUGCCUUUAGAAAGCUUUAGACUUCUUGACCCUGCUCAUAAACAGUGCUCCUUGAGCCAGGAUACUAAGUGUUUUGGCAGGAAGGUCAGAACAGUCAUUUGACAGCAGAGGUAGAGUCACGUCACUUCCUGCCAGGCAGAUGUCCCUGUUCAGCCCUUGCGGGGUUCCUUCUUUCCCCUCUGGGGUGCAUCUGUGGAAAGGGAUUCUGAGUGCUGCUGCUUCUGCUUCUCCCGCCCACAGAGCGCUUCACAGUAGGUGCCAAAAAUGUCCUCAGUAAAUCUUGGAAAAGUGGCAAUCCUGCAUUCACACACCGACACACUGACCUACAAGUGCCUGCAGGAGCCACCUGCCGGGCUCUGCAUCCUACCCGGUCUGUUGAGGGCUCUGACCAUGGCUUUAUCAACCAAAGAGUUUUCCUCUUCAGAUGCCCUGUAUCCUGAAGCCAAGUAACAGGUCUUACAUGUAUGUAAUUCUCUAACAACUCAAAUGGUUUGUGGUUCAGUCAUCAUGAGCUCUAUUUUGGAAUUUAGAGCAUUUUUUUCCAUUUAAGAAAAUGUCAUAAAUGAUGUUGACUUUAUUUAGCCCAGACACUAACUUUUUUAGCUUAUAAGGAAAUAAUACAAUGAUAGAGAUAAACCUUUUAUAACUGCUCUCUUAAGUAGAAAAUGAUUUGUGAGUUCCAAAUUGGAUUGUCUCGAGGAAUCUAACAUCACUAUGCUGAUUCUGCUCUUAGCCCUGUGAGAGAAAAGCUUCAAGCGCCACCUGCUGGCCUGGAUGGCUGGGAGGAUAUGGGGACCUGCAACAGUGGUCCACAGCAGUGGCUGCCUUAUUCAUCUCCCAUCCUUCUAUCUUCUGCUACAGCUGGACUCAGAGUGUGAAUCUGUAAAUUAGUGCCCAGCUAAAUCCAGUAAUAUACAAUUGUCACCUACAUUAAGCAUUAAAACUUUUUUUAAGUGUA